ACACUUGAUUUUUGCAGCAUUAUUGCGCGCGUUUUUAGUGUUUAAGAAGGGUUUAUAUGUUUAAUGUUCAAAGUUUAAGGUUUUUAUUUUAAUUGUAAGUUCAUUAACCGCAGUGUAGGAACAUCAUCAUGUCGAGAAAACCCUCGGCGCUGAAAAAGCAGCUUAAACUUAGCAGCUUCAUCGGCUCGGGCAGUAGUCAGACUAAAAUACAAACUAAAAAGGCGCCUGUUGCCAACACCCAAAUAAGUAAAGUUUACAACCCCAUAUUUCUGGACUCCUCUUCUUCUGACGAGGAUGACACCCAGAGUUCCAACACAAAAACCGAAUCACAGGAUGAUUCCAAUGCUACCCAAACAUUGGAAGGCCAGCCUACGUCUCUCCCGGAGGCGCCUGUUGCGUCGCAGCCUGUAAAUAAAUCCGGGCUGAGUAAAUGGGGAAGGGCAGAUACAAAAGUGUCUAAGGAUGCCUUAAAAGACAAUCAGCUUACUUUCAAAGAGGAUGUCUUACCCGACUCGGAAUGGGUGAGAGAUUUUCCCUCCCCACCAUUCGAGGCUUCGAACAAUUGGCGCAGAACAGAGACAAAAGUAACUAAAGAUCAGGCUACUUUGAAGGAUGCCCUGUCCUUCUCUAAGAAAAUGCAUUCAGAAUGGGAGGGAGAUGUGCCCUCCACCCCAUCAUUCGAGGAUUCUAGCAAUUGGCUCAGAACAGAGACAAAAGUAACUAAGGAUCAGGCCACUUUGAAGGAUGCCCUGUUCACCUCUAAGAAAAUGCAUUCAGAACGGGGGGGAGAUGUGCCCUCCCUUCCAUUAAUGCAAGCGUCAAAGUCUAAAUUGAGCAUGGUCUUUGAUAACUCCCUGCCUGACUACCUGCGCGAACUGGCCCAGAAUGACAAUUUCACAAUAGAUCCCUGCCACCAGAGUGUGGAGGCCCUGAAGGCCACGCUUAACUUCUUUCGCACCACGCACAUUGACCUGAUGGACAAAUACUGUACACUGAUUGAUCAGAUUCCGGCCAAUCACUUUGAGGAAAUAUGCGGUUUCCAGCCAAACACAUUCAUUAAACUAAAGGUCAUGCGGCAGAAAUUCAAGGCACGAUCGCAGCUGUUGCAAAAAACCCUAGAGCGACAGCAGUGCAAUCGCAGGAACGAGCAAGAGGAACAGGAUGCCAUGGAGCGGGAGGAGCAGGAAAUCGAGGCUGAGCAAAAUCGCGAAAAAACAGCCAGCCAUGCAAAUUUGACCCCACCGCAACACCACAACAGCCUGCGCAUGGCGCCUCUUAAUAAAGUCAUGCAUAACGGUGAGGAAUGCAAGAGCAAUCCAGAUGAGCAGGGGUUGCUGCGGAAGCGGGAAGAGCUCAUACACGAUUUGUGUGAGGACCCAGAGGAUGACUACUUGGCUCAGAGUAUCCUCCUUGACAGAGACCUAACUGAUGAGAACAUGAACGGGUAUGCGCAGGAGAUGGAUUGCGAGAUGAAUGAUGAGGAUGAUGAUUUGGAUGGACUUUUGGCCGACAUUGAGAACGAGCAUCAGCAAAUGCAGGGGCGCAAGUCAGAGUAUAACGGCUAUGGUUAUAAAGACUUUGAAGCAGUUCAAAUUAACUUGAAAGAUGAAGGCUCUAAAGACAAGAAUAAAGGCUACAAUGCCAUUGAGGCCGUAAAACCUAGGCCUAAAGAAACUGCAACCAAAGCGCUUUCUUUGGAUGAUGAUGGCUUUCCUGAGUAUGAUGAAACACUUUUCGAGCAAAUGCAUUCUCAGGCUGCCAUCUCAUCUGCCAGCAUUACGGAUCUAACUAGCCCCAGAAAAAUGACUGACUUAACCGGUCCCAGCUGUAGUCGAAAUCCACCCAGCCGCCUUCAACCGGUAUCGGCCGAUGUUAACAAGGUAACAGGAAAUUUUCAUGCAAAUGUGCACAACGACGGCAUCACCGGCGAGUUUGACGGAAUACAUUUUGAGCACUCGACUCGCUUAAUGCACGGUUUAAGCUACAGCUUUGGUCUGAAGAGCUUUCGUCCUAAUCAACUGCAAGUCAUCAAUGCCACUUUGUUGCGCAAUGACUGCUUUGUGCUUAUGCCAACGGGAGGAGGAAAAUCUUUGUGCUACCAGCUUCCUGCCAUCCUUACUGAAGGGGUGACCAUUGUUAUCAGUCCCUUGAAGUCGCUUAUCUUUGACCAAACCAAUAAACUGGCUUCUCUGGAUAUCUGUGCUAAGAGUUUAUCCGGCGAUCUGGGAAUGGCCGAUGCUAUGGCCAUUUACAGGGACUUGGAAUCACAUCCUCCCAUUGUCAAACUACUUUAUGUCACUCCUGAGAAGAUAAGCAGCUCUUCUCGCUUUCAGGACAUAUUAGACACUCUAAACGCCAAUAAUUACCUCAGUCGUUUCGUCAUAGAUGAGGCUCACUGUGUAUCCCAGUGGGGCCAUGACUUUCGUCCAGACUACAAGAAAUUGGGAAUUCUUAAGAAGCGUUUCCCCAACGUUCCCACAAUUGCCUUAACGGCAACGGCCACGCCUCGCGUGCGAUUGGAUAUCUUGUCGCAGCUCAAUUUGAAGGACUGCAAAUGGUUCCUUUCCAGCUUCAAUCGAAGUAACCUGCGUUAUAAGGUGCUUCCGAAGAAAGGUGCGUCCACUGUUGAUGAUAUGAGCGCAUAUAUAAGGACAAAGCCACCACACUCAAGUGGGAUUAUCUACUGCCUGUCGCGCAAGGAGUGCGAGGAAGUGGCUAAGAAAAUGUGCAAGUACGCUGUACGCGCGGUGGCCUAUCAUGCCGGUCUCACGGAUACGGAGAGGGAGAGUCGUCAGAAGGACUGGUUGACUGGAAAGAUCAGAGUGAUCUGUGCUACUAUUGCAUUUGGCAUGGGUAUCGACAAGCCUGAUGUUCGAUUUGUCUUGCACUACUCGCUACCCAAAUCCAUUGAAGGCUACUAUCAGGAGGCUGGACGGGCAGGGCGAGAUGGAGAGGUGGCAGAUUGCAUCCUAUACUAUAAUUAUUCGGAUAUGCUUAGACUGAAAAAGAUGAUGGAUGGCGACAGAGCUCUUCAAUAUAAUGUUAAAAAGAUGCACAUCGAUAAUUUGUAUCGCAUUGUGGGCUACUGUGAGAACAUUACGGAUUGCCGGCGUGCCCAGCAACUGGAAUACUUUGGUGAGCACUUCACCAGCGAGCAGUGCAUGGAGAAUAGGGCCACGGCUUGCGAUAACUGUGUGAAUAAGCGAGCUUAUCAGCCCAUUGAUGCGCUGGAGCCGGCCAGAAAGGCGGCUCGAGCUGUCAAGGAUCUAUGCAGUGGAAGGUCGCGCUUCACGCUCCUUCAUAUAUCCGACGUCUUGAAGGGUAGCAAGAUUAAAAAGAUUGUGGAAUUCGGGCACAACAAUACCCCACAUCAUGGAUCUUUAAAAGACUGGGAUAAGAACGACAUACACAGAUUGCUGCGCAAAAUGGUUAUUGAUGGCUUCCUACGGGAAGAUCUGAUUGUUAUGAAUGACUUUCCUCAGGCAUAUCUUUACCUGGGCCACAGCAUAAGCAAACUAAUGGACGGUACUCCCGACUUCCAAUUUUCCAUAACGCGAAAGGAUGCAAAAGCUGCUGUGGCCACUGUAUCUGAGCCGGGAGCUGGCAGCAUCAAUGAUGGGAAGACGAAGAUGCGCGAAAUACACAAUCGCUGCUAUACUGAUCUUCUAGACUUGUGCCGCACUAUAGCUAGCCAGCGAAACGUGACUAUGGCUAGCAUAAUGAAUAUACAGGCUCUGAAAAGUAUGGCGGAGAUUCUGCCACUCACUGAGAAGGACAUGUGCAGCAUUCCUCAUGUGACGAGGGCGAACUAUGAUAAGUACGGCGAAAAACUUCUUGAGAUUACGUGUAACUAUGCCUCGGAGAAGCUCCUGAUGCAAGCAAUUUUAGACGAGGAGGAGGAGCAGGCGGCUGCAGCAGCAUCAGCCGCAGCACAGAAGCCGCGGGCCGGGAGCUCUGGUUGGAAAAACGACACUUCUGUGGAUUGGAACAAGGAGGUUGCAUCGCAAGGGACCAAUGGAAGUAGUUAUGGUUCCUCCUUCCGCGGCGGAAAACGUAAGAGAACCUUUAAAUCGGCAUCGAGCAAGAGAUUUAAAAGUACUUCAGCCUCUCCAGCACCAAAGAGAACCACUGCAGGUCGAGGAGGUCGUGGCGGAAGAACGACAGCUAAGCGCGCAGAGAGCACUGCCGCAUACGCCUCCGGCUGGAAAAGUAAAAAAACAGGAAACAGCUUUGGUUUUGACCUGAUGCCUUGUCCAGGAUCAAAAUAACGUAAUUUUUACAUUUUGUGGAAACGA